CCCACCCACUUCCCAGACCCCUGUAAUCUUAGCUCCGAUUGCUCCUUAACCCGAUAAGACCAAGAUCAAAACGCCCGCAAUCUCAGUCUCCAGAUUCGAUCAUCCAUGGCUACCUCAUCCUCUUCUCUCUACAACUUCCUCUCCUUCCUCUUUCCCUCUAAACCCCCGCCUCCGCCGCCGCCCCAGCUCCCUACUUUUCAGGCCCAGAAACCCAAGAAUGGUCCCGUACCACUGGUGUCUCAAGAGGCCCCUCUAAAUUCUUCUUCUUCUUCGUUGGCGUCUGUGAUAUGCCCCACUCUGGCAUAUGCCAACACCCUCUACUUCAAAUCCGCCUACAACGUGCAAGUGAUAGUGGAUGAAAAUGAGCACGAGGAGAGGCUGCUGAAUCGGUUCCGGAGAGAGGUCAUGAGAGCCGGUGUUAUUCAAGAGUGUAAGCGCAGGAGGUUCUUCGAAAAUAAGCAGGACGAGAAGAAGCGGAGGACGCGGGAGGCCGCUAAGCGCAACAAAAGGAGGUCUCUGCCUUUUUUAGUCUCUCUGUUCUGUUCCCCUAAAAACCCGGCCACCAUGUAGGGAUCAGUUGCGUCUUUCGUGGAGUACAAAGUUCAUAUACUUCAUUUAGAAUGGGGAAAAGUUCAAUCUAGUAAUCACUAUAAAUGACAUUAUGUGGGUAAGGUUUGGGAUCCUGAGAAAUUCCACUAAUUUAGAUUUGCAUUUUUAUAAGUGACAAAUUCAGAGUUAUUUAUUAUGUGUGAUGCUUUGAAAUGUCUCUCUAUGACCCUAUUUGGGCUGACAAGUUUAAACACGAAAUUAUAAUACUAUAAGCCAGUUUAGUUUACCUUGGAGAAUUAUUGCCUGUUGUUAAUCAAUGUAUCUAUGUUCUGUGUAUAUGUUUUUUUUUUUCUCUCUUGAUAAGGAGGAAAUGUUUGUUUGAAUUUGGUUUAGUCUCAAAUUUAUUUUUCGAGUUAUAUAGAUGCUUUAGUGAAUUUUGUUCUGAUUGAUAGGGUGUUAAUCUUUGGCUUUCAUAGUCGGCACAUAAUGUUCACAAUUGUGUUGCAUAUUCUUGUGGGUUCUUUAGACCCUGCAGGAUAAUUUAGCCUGUGGUUUAACACCUCACCAACAUGCAGUUAUGUAGAGUUCUUUCUGUUAGAUCUCUCCCUUACAAUGAUUAUUUACUGCUCGUCUGUCUCGUUCCAUAACCAGGCGCCCCCAAUUAAGAACUCCACCAGAGACCAAGCCGGAAGCCACAA